AUGCCGCACUCAAUCUCGCCAGAUUCGACGCCUGCACAAGACGCACCGCAGACCGACAAUGUCAAGCCAGAACCAGAAACCCAAGAUGUCGCCAUGGAAGACGUGCCAGCAGCGGCCACAUCAGAGACGAGCAAAGUCAAGCUCGAGGAAAUAUUCGACGACGUAGAUUCAGACCCAGAAUUCCCUUCGAGCGCACCAGUGCCCACCUCGCAAGAAGAUGCAUCGCAGCCUGCCCCAAUCAAGAUUAAUUCCAAGUCGUCCUUCUCCGACCCUGAUAUCAUGCGCGCCUUUUAUCAGCGCCUCUUCCCUUUCCGCCCCCUCUUUCAAUGGCUCAACCAUUCCGUAACCCCGAGCAACGACUUUGCCCACCGCGAAUUCGCAUUCACGCUGCCCAACGAUGCAUAUCUGCGCUACCAGUCCUUUCCGACUUCGGAUUUACUACGGAAACAGUGCAUAAGCAUGCUUCCCUCCCGUUUUGAAAUCGGCCCCAUGUACAGCACAAACCCCAGAGAUCGAAAGACGCUGCGAAAAGCCAGCGCCUUUCGUCCAGUCAUGAAGGAGCUGGUCUUCGAUAUCGAUAUGACGGAUUACGACGACAUCAGAACAUGCUGCACAGGUGCAAGCAUUUGUCUCAAGUGCUGGGGCUUCAUCACAAUGGCCAUCAAGACCAUCGACGUGGCUCUGCGGGAAGACUUUGGCUUCAAGCACAUACUCUGGGUUUAUUCUGGUCGUCGUGGUGCUCACGCUUGGGUUUGCGAUAAGCGUGCACGAGAGAUGGAUGACCAGAGACGCCGCUCAGUAGCCAGCUAUCUCGAACUCCUCAAGGGAGGCGACCAGGGCGGCAAGAAAGUCCAUGCCCGGCGACCCCUCCACCCACAUCUGGAGCGCAGUCUAGAAAUCUUGAAAGAGCACUUCCAGACGUCUAUUCUUGCCGAACAAGAUCCCUGGGCUAGUGACGAAAAAGCAGCCCACCUCCUUAAUCUACUCCCCGAUCCUACCCUCAAAGCUGCCUUGCAGAAGAAAUGGAGUGCUGCACCCUCACGCCCCAGCGCCUCCAAAUGGUCCGAUAUCAAUACCCUCGCCGAAUCCGGCGCUCUAUCAAAGACACCCAGAGAACUUCGGGAAGCCAAGCAAGACAUCAUUCUAGAAUACACGUAUCCCCGUCUCGAUGCCGAGGUCUCUAAGAAACUGAACCAUUUACUCAAGAGCCCGUUUGUAAUACAUCCCGGCACAGGGAGAGUCUGUGUACCUAUUGACACGCGGAAAGUCGAAGAUUUCGAUCCAUUGAGCGUACCAACAGUCACACAAUUACUGCAAGAAAUUGACGACUGGACUGGCGACGAGACGGACAAAAAGGUGCAGGACUGGGAGAAGACGAGUCUGAAACCUUAUGUAGACUUUUUCAAGCGGUUUGUUGCAGGCUUGCUGGAGGAGGAGAAGCCCGCGCUCAAGAGGGAGAGGGAAGAGGCGGCGGAUACAAUGGAGUUUUAG